AUUUUUAUUUCUUUAAAUUGUAACCUUUACGCCUCGGAACUAAUGUUAGGCCGAUGAAGCGGACCGCUAAAGUAGUUGCACUGAAUUUGGUCCGUGGUACAUCCGGUUGACAGUCAGCGGCUAAAAAUGGCAGCGUUUUCUGAAAUGGGGGUUAUGCCUGAAAUCGCACAGGCUGUGGAGGAGAUGGACUGGCUGCUGCCUACUGAUAUUCAAGCAGAGUCCAUCCCGCUGAUUCUUGGUGGAGGAGAUGUACUAAUGGCGGCAGAAACUGGCAGUGGCAAAACAGGAGCCUUCAGCAUCCCAGUGAUCCAAAUUGUAUACGAGACGCUAAAGGAUCAGCAGGAGGGGAAGACGGGCAGAGCUUCUAUCAAAACUGGAGGAGCUAUUUUCAAUAACUGGCAGAUGAAUCCGUAUGAUCGCAGUCCAGCCUUUGCUAUCGGCCCCGAUGGACUGUGCUGCCAAAGCAGGGAGUUCAAAGAGUGGCAUGGCUGCCGCUCCACCAAAGGUGUCACCAAAGGAAGAUACUAUUAUGAAGUCAGCUGCAGUGACCAAGGUUUAUGCCGUGUGGGUUGGUCCACCUCUCAAGCAGCUCUGGAUUUGGGAACGGAUAAGUACGGUUUUGGUUUCGGUGGGACUGGGAAGAAGUCCAACAACAAGCAGUUUGACAGCUAUGGAGAGGAGUUUACCAUGCAUGACACUAUUGGAUGCUACCUCGAUCUGGAGAAAAACCAAAUUUCUUACUCUAAAAAUGGCAAUGACUUGGGUUUGGCUUUUGAAAUCCCUCAAAACCUGAGGAAUCAGGCUUUCUUUGCUUCCUGCGUUCUCAAGAAUGCAGAACUGAAGUUUAAUUUCGGAGGAGAAGACUUUAAACAUCCCCCCAGAAGCGGGUUUGUUGCUCUGGACAAGGCGCCGGACGGUCACACGGUCAAAUCCUCUCACACAGGAACUGCAAAAGUGAGUCAGGUGAGAGCCUCGUCGAACUCGCCCAAAGCUCUGAUUCUGGAGCCGUCCAAAGAACUGGCAGAGCAAACGCUCAACAACGUCAAACAGUUUAAAAAAUACGUGGACAACCCCAAACUCAGGGAGCUUCUGAUUAUUGGUGGAGUGGCUGCCAAGGAGCAGCUGGCAGUUCUCGAGCAGGGGGUUGACAUUGUGGUGGGAACACCUGGGCGGCUGGAUGAUCUCAUUUCCACCGGGAAGCUCAGUCUCUCUCAAGUCCGUUUCCUGGUUCUGGAUGAGUGUGACGGCCUCCUCUCAGCAGGCUACACAGAUUUCAUAAACAGGAUUCAUAACCAGAUUCCUCAGGUCACCUCCGAUGGCAAGAGAUUACAGGUCAUCGUGUGCUCGGCUACGCUGCACUCGUUUGAUGUGAAGAAGCUCUCGGAGCGCAUCAUGCACUUCCCCACGUGGGUCGACUUGAAGGGGGAGGACUCGGUCCCGGAGACGGUGCACCACGUGGUCGUUCCCGUCAAUCCGAAAACCGACCGCCAGUGGGAGCGCCUCGGGAAAGCCCACGUUCGGACGGAUGAAGUCCAUGCCAAAGACAACAUCCGGCCAGGAGCCAACACUCCAGAAAUGUGGUCCGAAGCCAUCAAGCUCCUGAAGGGCGAGUACACAGUGAGGGCCAUUAAAGAGCACAAAAUGGACCAGGCCAUAAUCUUCUGUCGCACAAAGAUCGACUGCGACAACAUGGAGCAGUACUUCAUCCAGCAAGGAGGAGGUCCAGAUAAUAAGGGUCACCAGUUUUCCUGCGUUUGUCUCCAUGGCGAUCGGAAGCCUAACGAGAGGAAGAAUAACUUGGAGCGCUUUAAGAGGAAAGAAGUGAGGCUGCUGAUCUGCACGGAUGUUGCUGCCAGAGGGAUUGAUAUUUCCGGCGUUCCUUAUGAAUGGGACUGGCCUUGUCUUUGGUUGCCAUGGAAAAAGAAAAGGUGUGGUACCACGUUUGCGCAAACCGAGGCAGAGGGUGCUACAACACCCGACUGAAGGAGGACGGAGGGUGCACCAUCUGGUACAACGAAAAAGAGCUUCUUUCAGAAAUCGAGGAGCAUCUGAAGUGCACGAUCACCCAGUGUGGGACGGACAUAAAAGUACCAGUGGAUGAGUUUGACGGCAAAGUGACCUACGGACAGCGCAAAGCUUUAGGGGGUGGGAACUAUAAGGGUCACGUGGACGCUCUGGCUCCGACGGUUCAGGAGUUGGCCAACCUUGAAAGAGAAGCUCAGACAUCCUUCCUUCAUCUUGGAUACCUGCCAAACCAGCUUUUCAGAGCUUUCUAAAGGUACUUUAAUGUGCAGGAAAGCAUAUCAAGAAAAGGAAAUCUUUAUAGUACAGAUUCAAGUUUUUUUUUUCUUCUACCUCCUAACAAUGUGCAGUUAAAUCAUAAUGAAAAAGAAAAACUCCCACAGGAGAUUUAUAAUUGGCAUGAAUAUUACAUUAAAAAGUGUCAAAAUGUCAGCAUGUUAUAAGAAAGUUCUCCACAGUGAGUCUCCAGAGAGGACAGACUGCUGAUUUUCUACAUUUUAAGUUGCAAGGUUUACCAUGAGGGCAUGUUUAUUUCAUUAUUUGCUGUUAAAAAAAAGGCAAGAGGACUUAGACUGAAGUGUAAAAAUGAACACUAUCCUGCUUUGUUGUACUCUGCUUGGUCAUUUAUUUUUGUUUGAAUCGUUUAUUUGAAGAGAAAAUGCCCUUUUCCUCCUUAAAAUAAAAUGAAAUAGUCGCAUCA